CCCCUCUUUUAACUCGAAACAUAUCGAUCGCCUCUCCGAGUGGCCCGGCGACAAACGUAAACUCGCGUGAAAAUAUUAGAUGUUUCUCUGCGAAAAUAAAAAAUGAGACACAUAAAGGCCUCGGAAAGACUGACAGAGAAGAAAGUGGAGAAAAAGCUGAGUGUGGACAAAAAGCAUCCCACGUCAUCGUCAGAGGAUGAAAGCAAACCAAAAGAGCCAAAAUUUGGACCUAUGCCUAAACUGCCAAACUCUAGACUGUGGACCCGAGGCGUGAUGGUAGGCGGAGCUCUAAUUGUUCUGCUCUUCACCUCUGGAAAAGGCCGCGAAGUCACCAUUGCAAAGCAGUCAGAAACUGUCCAGCACAAGGGCCAGCACGUCCACUGCUCUGACGACUACACCAAAGAAUUGCAACAAUACCCAGGCUGUGUACCAGAACAGUGCGGACGCGUAAUCACGGACGGAUUGGUCAGCGCGAAAGAGGCAAAGGAGCUUUUGCUGUUGGCGAAGAAGGGCAUGGCCCUUGGGGGAUCGGACGGUGGUGCCACUAUUCUGGACCUGCACUCUGGCGCUCUUUCAAAGGGCAAGGCCUUUGUGAACGUGUAUGGGCUGCAGCCAAAUUUGCUCACCGCCCAAGACUACAAAUUGUAUAAGACUGUCCGAACCAAAAUCCAUCACUCGGUGGCGCAUCACUUCGGAGUGUCGGCCGACCUGCUCCAUCUAACUCAUCCAACCUUUUUCUCCAAGCUGACAAGCCAGGAGGCCCAGUCACAAAACGAUGAGUACUGGCAUCCACACGUCGACAAAGAGACCUAUGAAGCAUUCCAUUACACUAGCCUGCUUUACCUCACAGACCACGGUGAGGAUUUUAAAGGAGGGAGAUUUGUUUUUGUUGACCCUGACCACACCAAUAGAACUGUAGAGCCGAAAAAAGGUCGAGUUUCUAUGUUCACUUCAGGGUCUGAGAAUUUGCACUUUGUAGAAAAAGUGACUUCGGGAGAGAGAUAUGCCCUCACUGUGUCAUUCACAUGCAAUAUAGAAGCAGCGAUCAAAGAUCCAGCAGCUCAAAAGUGAUUAAUAACUGGCAAUUUUUUUGAUCUCCAAGUCGCAUUUUUGAGCAAUACCGAAAUAAAUCAUGUACCAAAGUAUGAGUGGCAAGAAAAAAUUUUGACACAAAAGACACAAUAGAUCAUAUUUCCCUCACACACGUUGUAGUUGUUGAAUUUGAAUGUUUGAUAAAUAAGGUUUAAACAAU